UUUCUUUAACUACAACAAACUUAAAAAAGAAUCACACCUGACAAGAAAAGAGAGAGAGAGAGAAAUAUUUAUUUUAACAAAGCAAAGAUCUUUUUUAGUUACUCUCUCUACUUAUAAACCUUAUCCAGAUUAUUUGAAACAGAGUAUACCAAACAAUGAACUCAUCAUUCUCUGCUUUCUCUGAAAUGUUUGGCGGCUCCGAUUACGAGUCUUCGGUUUCAUCAGGCGGAGGAGAUUAUUCUCCGACGCUUGCGACGAGCUGUCCCAAGAAACCAGCGGGUAGGAAGAAGUUUCGUGAGACCCGUCACCCAAUUUACAGAGGAGUUCGUCGGAGAAACUCCGGUAAGUGGGUUUGUGAGGUUAGAGAGCCAAACAAGAAGUCUAGGAUUUGGCUCGGAACUUUCCCGACGGCCGAGAUGGCAGCUCGUGCUCACGACGUCGCCGCUAUAGCCCUCCGUGGCCGAUCCGCUUGUCUAAACUUCGCUGACUCAGCUUGGCGGCUAAGAAUACCGAAACUCAGACAGAUCUGGUCCAACGUUUCCUAAACUGGACUAUAAAACCGAAACAACUGAUUCAGCAAAAACCUCCAUUAAUAGUCCCGUACACACCAAAAACAGAAAGAAGAUGUCAAACAACGUGGGGGAUGGAAGACUUGAUAGCGAGAGGUAAGGACAGAAACGUUUAUUGCGAAGAUAUUUUAAUUGAUGUUUGUUGAGAAUUGAGAUAUUAUUAUAGCUAUUGUUUUUUGCACAAAAAAAAAAAAAAACUAUAUAUUGUUGAGAUUUGAGAGUGAUGUAUAACUUGCUUCUGUAUCGGUCGGUCUGAUCCUUGCCUUAAGAAGUUAUUUUUGUUUAUUUAUUAAUUAAAGUCACUGUCCCAGUA